CACACACGAUACUGUUUUUAUUCUUUACUGAUCACCAGUUCCUUCGGUCUCAUCAGCCUGCCAACAAAGUCUUCAUCGUUUUCACUCGCUGCCUCUCCACCUACAUCAACCAUGAAGGUCAUUUCACAGCUAACCGUCGCGGCUUUGGCUUCUUACGCCACUGCUGCUUCGGUCAAUGUCUUCAAGCGCGAAACUCCCUUGAGCGUCAAGCUCACUGCGUCCGGCAAUUCAGAGGUUAAGGUCCUCGUGACCAACAAUGGAGACAAGAUUGUGAACCUUCUGAGCAAGGGCACCUUCUUGGACGAGAAAAUCCCCGUGGAGAAGGUUUCCAUCUACUCCGCUGGAGGCAGCACAAAGGUCCCAUUCGAGGGUAUCAAGAUCAGACUCUUGACCAGCGGCCUUAGCAAGGAUGACUUCGUCGCCUUGGCAGCUGGAGAGUCGAAGGAACUUACGGUUGAGACUGCUGCUCUCCAUACUUUGAACGAUGGUGGCGACUUCGAUGUUUUCGCCAAGGGCUUGUUGCCUUUUGCCGAAGAGGGCUCAACUGAGCUCGCCGGCGCCUACAACUACGAGUCGAACAAGCUCACCAUGUCCGUCGACGGUGCUCUUGCAGCUACGGUCAGCAAGGCCGUUGUCAAACGCACCGUGAUCGGCUCCAGCUGCACAGGAGCCAAGCUCAGUGCUGUCCGAACCGCAUUGUCCAACUGCGCCAGACUUGCAAGCGCUGCUGCCACCUCCGCCGCCGCAGGAACAAAGCUCCAAACGUACUUCAAGUCGACCACGACCAGUGUCAAGAACGAGGUUUCGGGUCGCCUACGUGCCAUCUCAUCCGACUGUGGAGGAACAGGGUCGAAAACUACUACUAACUGUAACGAUCCAUACAACGGGUGCGAAUCUAACGUCCUUGCGUACACUGUACCCGCGCAGAACUUCAUCACCUACUGCCCUCUCUUCUUCAGCGACCUUCCAGCGCUGAGCUCCACCUGCCAUGGUCAAGAUCAGGCGACCACGGUGCUCCACGAGGAGGCUCAUGCCCCAGCUGUGUACAGCCCAGGAACUGAUGACCUUGGUUACGGAUACGCUGCCGCGACGAGAUUGUCGACUAGCCAGGCUUUGAACAACGCCGACUCUUUUGCGCUGUACUCUAACGCAAUCUACCUGAACUGCUAGAGUUGAGGACGGGCCGGUUGAGCAAAGACAGUGUUCAUGGAAGCAUACUGUACAUAUGGAGGUGCCUUGGAUCUUUCAGUUAUCAUGACCUUGUAUGCUUUGUCCAUGUGCGACAUGUUAAUUGUAUGAAGCAAUAUUAACAUGAUAUAUUGAAGACGCAUCCUAUACUGCAACAUGAUCUGAAGUAUGCACUGAUAUGGUGGUGCUCGUGCGGUAACUGGUAUGCCGAUCAGGACAUCAGUCAUCGAGCUUGGCGACCCACUUUCCCGCCGUCUGAAAGUACUUGAGCUGUUAGCAAACAUCCAAUUCAAACUAUGUAAUGUUGUAACCCCC